AUGUUUAGAAGAUUAAUAUCUAUACCUACAAAUAUAACUCCCAUAAGUUAUAGUAGGGCGUUCCAUAUAACACCUGCCCUUUUAAAAACUAAUAAAUCAACGAGGACCAAAGAAAACGUUCACGACUUACAAACAUUUUUGACUUUAAUAGGUAGAAAUACCAUAGAACAUGCAGAAAGUUUUGAGAAUGAUUUAAGCAAAUUCUUAGAAACAGGUUCUGAUGAAAUGAAGAACAUGGGUAUUGACACCAGAACCAGAAGAUACUUGUUGAGAUGGAAAUACAAAUUCAUAAAUGAUUUAGAACCAUUAAGAGAACACAAACGAGGUAAGAAGAAGAAUGGAGGUGAAAGAAAAGCAAAGACUGUUGUCGCAAAAAGAAAAGCAUUAGAGAGAUUAGAAGAAAAGGAAAGAGCUAAGAGUGAAGAAGCUGAUGCCGAAGCUAAAGGAGAAAGAGAAUUUUAA